ACAGCAACAUCACGGGGCGCGAAAUUUCGCUAUCUGACUGAGGUAAGUGAACGAACCAAGAGUGGAGUGACACCGCAUUUUCCCAUCAUUCAGCGGGGCGUCAUGGCGGACACUAGAGAAAAAGCGCUGCAGGACUACAGGAAGAAAUUGCUGGAACACAAAGAAGUUGAUGGGCGACUAAAAGAAUUGAGAGAGCAGCUGCGAGAACAGACCAAACAGUACGAGAAAUCAGAGAAUGAUCUCAAGGCUCUCCAAAGCGUCGGUCAGAUUGUUGGAGAAGUGCUCAAACAACUCACUGAGGAGAAAUUCAUUGUAAAGGCUACCAAUGGACCCCGAUAUGUGGUUGGAUGUCGCAGGCAGUUGGACAAAUCCCAGCUGAAGCCGGGGACCAGAGUGGCUCUGGACAUGACUACGCUUACUAUCAUGAGGUACCUGCCCAGGGAGGUGGACCCUCUGGUGUACAACAUGUCCCAUGAGGACCCUGGCAGCGUCUCCUAUUCUGAGAUCGGAGGCUUGUCUGAACAGAUCCGUGAGCUGAGAGAGGUGAUUGAGCUCCCACUGACCAACCCUGAGCUUUUCCAGAGAGUUGGCAUCAUUCCUCCUAAAGGCUGUCUGCUGUAUGGGCCCCCAGGCACUGGAAAAACUCUUCUUGCUAGAGCUGUGGCCAGUCAACUGGACUGCAAUUUCCUGAAGGUGGUGUCCAGCUCCAUUGUGGACAAGUACAUUGGUGAGAGUGCCAGGCUGAUCAGAGAAAUGUUCAACUAUGCCAGGGACCACCAGCCAUGUAUCAUCUUCAUGGAUGAGAUUGAUGCCAUUGGUGGCCGACGUUUCUCAGAGGGAACCUCAGCUGACAGAGAGAUUCAGAGGACUUUGAUGGAGCUGUUGAAUCAGAUGGACGGCUUCGACACAUUGCACAGAGUCAAGAUGAUCAUGGCCACCAACAGACCUGACACUCUCGACCCUGCCCUGCUGCGGCCUGGCAGACUGGACCGCAAAAUUCACAUUGAACUGCCCAAUGAGCAGGCUCGUCUUGACAUCCUUAAGAUUCACUCCAGUCCUAUCACCAAGCACGGAGAAAUAGAUUUUGAAGCCAUUGUGAAGCUGUCAGAUGGUUUCAAUGGAGCUGACCUGAGAAACGUGUGCACAGAAGCAGGGUUAUUUGCCAUCCGCUCAGAUCGUGAGUACGUAACUCAGGAGGACUUUAUGAAGGCCGUGAGGAAGGUGGCGGACUCAAAGAAGCUCGAGUCUAAGCUGGACUACAAACCUGUAUAACUUGUCUGUCCUUUUCUUUAUUUUUUAUUCCUCUGUCAUGGAUUUGCUGUGUUAAAGUUUGUUUCUUGGGAAGCGGUAUUAAAAGGAAAAAGGAAAAAAAAAUCCCUCCACCUUUAAGAUUGCCAAAAGUGACUUUCAUAGUGACGUUACCUGCUGUUUCCACUUAUUAGUCGAACCUGCCUCAGUGUUUACACCACAUGAAAGAGGCUCUGUCUUAUAAUCCACACUUGUAUAAAACGGCUUUAUGUCCACAAAUACAACUGUUGCCGAAGCUGUGUUUUAUUUCCAUCGUUCAGUUUUCUUCUUAAUUAUUCACAACUGAAAUGGAAAUUUGACAAAAACAUGCUCCUGUUAACUAAUCACAUCCACAGAUGACCACAGAGGUGUUCAGUUUAUGUUUUAGUCUGCUUUUAAACUUUUUCAACCAGUCUCUGAUUUUUAUCUAGAAGGGUGAUAUUAACCUUUGAAAUGCAUAUUUUAAGAUGGCAGCAACUGGGACUUAAUAAUAUGGACUAAACUUUAUGGAUCCAUGGUGAAGGUCCUACUUGAUUUAAUUUAGUGUUAUUUAUAUAGCGCCAAAGCACAACAACAGUUGGCUCUUUAAUAUUGAUCAUAAAGAUCUCACAAUAAUACAAAAAACCCAACAGUCAGAUGACCCGCUAUGAACAAGCACAAAAAUAGGAAGGAACAACUCCCUUUUAACAGGAAGAAACCUCCAGCAGACCGUCUGCGACCACUAGUUGAGGGUGAAGGGAAAGGAGGAGCGCCAGAGAAUAACUAAUGAGUAACUAAUGCAGAGUGUUGUAUAAACACACAGUAAUUGAAGAAGAAACACUUGGUACAUCAUGGGAAGCAGCUGAGACCUAUUGGAGUGUAAAUGGAUCCAGUCCUAACUCUAUGCUUUAUUUCUAAAAGUAGAGAGGGUGUCUAUGGAGGGCCAGGAGGGCCAAUUCAUGAAUUAAUUUUAUCAGUCAGCCUCACCAAUCACAGUCAGGGGGCGGGGUUAACGCUGGUCGAGUCAACACCAUUGCUUUGGCCUUUCAGCGGGCGUUUCUCAGCGCCAACAACAAACAGAAACUAAACUAUUGAGUCUUUCUCUCGUGAUGUUCGUAUGUGUCAUGCUCAUUUCAGUCACCAAUUCUGAAUUAUAACUAACAUUAAAAACAUGUUAAAGGAGAGAGAGCAAAUAAAUCUGAUUAACAUCUGA